UGCGUUUGCGAUAAAUGAUUACUCGAUAUCAUGUGAGCUACUUGGUAGGAAAAAUAUAAUAAUUGCUUAGUAGUCACAAAAUCUAACUAUAAAUUCGUCCCACUUCUCAUUGCCCAAACAAUAUCUUCUUAUUCAAUUUUUUUUUCAACAAUACUAGCUAGAAAACUGUGAAGAAAAUCAAAGAGGUAACGAGAAUUAAUGGCUGCUUGUAUUUAUGCAUGUCAAGUUAAUUGCCGUUCGCAAAAGCCUAUUAUUAUACCCAAAUGUAAGAACUUGAGAGCCUCAGUUUCGUCUACUUUGAAGCCAUUUUUGACAAAUUUAGAGCAUUUUCCCUUGAUAGUGGAUGUUCCAAAAGUUAUGAAGGAAACAGCUUUCAAAUUAUUGGAUACUUUUGUAGAUUUGACCUUUGAAUUUGUUGACCAACCUUUGUCCCCAUCUCAGAGUAAUUUUGCCCCUGUUGAUGAGAUUGGAGAAGCUGUGAGAGUAACCGCAAUGGAAGGGAAAAUUCCAAAUGAUUUUCCAGAGGGUGUUUACGUAAGAAACGGAUCAAACCCUCUUUAUGGAGGAUUUAAAUCAACCAAGUCAAUUUUUGGAAAAUCAAGCCAUCUGUGGAUUGAAGGUGAAGGAAUGCUUCAUGCUCUGUACUUCACAAAAGAAAAAGGAAAAGGCAGCAAAUGGAAUAUAUUAUACAAGAACAAAUAUGUUCAAACAGACACAUUCAACAUGGAAAAGAAUAGGAAGAAACCAGGUUUUCUUCCUAAUAUGGAAGGGGAUGCUCUUGCUGUUUUAAUGGCUUCCCUUUUAAAUGUGUUGAGAUAUGGUGUAUUACACAAAUAUCAAAGCAACACGAAUGUGUUUGAGCACUCAAAGAAGUAUUACUCAAUUGCUGAAAAUCAUAUGCCUCAAGAGAUAAACAUACAAACCCUAGAAACUCUGGGAAACUGGACUGUCAAUGGAGCUUGGAGUCAACCAUUCACAGCCCAUCCGAAGAAAGUUCUAGGCACCAACGAACUUGUUAUAAUGGGAAUUAAUCCACUAAUAAAGCCUUAUCUUGAGCUAGGAGUCAUUUCAGCUGAUGGAAAGCAAAUGGUUCACAAGGUGGAUCUCAAAUUCAAUAGGUGUAUUCUUUGCCAUGAAAUAGGAGUUACAAAGAGGUACAAUGUGAUUUUGGAUUUUCCACUAACUAUAGACAUAAGCAGACUUAUAAGGGGAGAAGAAUUAAUAAAAUACGAUAAAGAUGAAUAUGCAAGAAUUGGAAUAAUGCUUCGUUAUGGUGAUGCUAAUUCCAUCAAAUGGUUUGAAGUUGAACCAUGUUGUGUAUUUCACAUAAUAAAUUGUUUUGAAGAUAAUGAUGAGGUGGUGGUGAGGGCAUGCAGAUCUCGUCGAUCGAUUUUACCAAGACCGAAACUAACAGUAGACGAGCCUGAAUUGAGUCUGGAUGGGUUGAACGAGACGAGUUCCAGUAAAAAUAACGUUCAAUUGUCGAAAGAGCUUUUUUCUUUUUUUCACGUUUGUGAAUGGAGAUUAAACAUGAAAACAGGAGAAGUGAAGAUGAAAACUCCAACUACAACCGAAGAUCAGUUUGUUAUGGAAUUUCCAAUUAUCAAUGAGCACUUCAUUGGUCUUAAAAACAAAUUUGGUUAUCUACAACUUGUUGAUUCAGAAGCUUUCUCUAAUUACUUUGCAAAGAAUUCGUCAGGAGGAUUUGCUAAAUUUGGAGGGUUAGCCAAGCUUCAUUUUGAAGAAAGAGAAGUUGAAAUUUCUAAGGAUGACAAAGAAGAAGAGGAUUUGAUUAAGGUUGAGUAUCACAUUUUCCCAAAGAACACUUUCUGUACUGGAGCUACCUUUGUUCCAAAACUUGAAGGUGUUGAUGAGGAUGAUGGUUGGAUAGUGGCAUUCACACACAAUGAAAAUACAAAUGAAUCUCAAGUUUAUAUAAUUGAUGCAAAAAAAUUUGAAAGGGAGCCUGUUGCCAUCGUCAUAUUACCUUGUAGAGUGCCAUAUGGAUUUCAUGGAGCUUUUAUGCCAUUGAACUUAUAGAUAGUGUAGUAUAUAUAACCUAUGUUCGAACGUGGUUCUCUUCAAUGUAUAAUUGUGACCAGAUUAUUAUUAUAUGGAAAUAGCUGUUUCACUUGUAUUAUAUCUUUGAUAAAUCAAUACAUAUUUAGGCGAUUUGGCUUC